AUGGCAAGAAUUUCCUUCAUUCUCUUCUAUCUGUUUGCAUUUUGCUACAUCAUACUCACAGAUGGUGCUCAACUCAUUCUAGUGAACAACUGUGGGGAAAGUGUGUGGCCAGGGAUACUUGGCAGUGCAGGGCAGCAAACUCUAAAAGAUGGUGGGAUGCACCUUGGAAGUGGUGAAGAAGUUGUACUUGAUGUACCAGAAAAAUGGUCUGGAAGAAUUUGGGGUAGGCAAGGUUGUAGCUUUGACAAUGAUGGACAUGGCCACUGUCUCACUGGUGAUUGCAAUGGGAAGCUACAUUGUAGAGGGCAAGGAGGGGUGCCACCUGCAACAGUGGUGGAAAUGACCCUUGGAUCCUCCUCCUCCCCUUUGCACUUCUAUGAUGUGAGUUUGGUGGAUGGCUUCAACUUGCCAGUUUCCAUGAAGCCCAUUGGGGGUGGAGUUGGGUGUGGAGUGGCUUCUUGUGAGGUGGAUUUGAAUAUUUGCUGUCCAUCAGCACUUGAGGUGAAGAGAAAUGGCAAGGUUGUAGGGUGUAAAAGUGCUUGCUUGGCUAUGCAAUCAGCAAAGUAUUGCUGCACAGGGAAUUAUUCUGACCCAAAAACUUGCAAGCCUACUCUUUUUGCACAUCUAUUUAAGGCUAUAUGUCCUAAGGCUUAUAGUUAUGCAUAUGAUGACUCUAGCAGCCUUAACAGAUGCAGGGCUCCAAGGUAUGUUAUCACCUUCUGCCCUCCUCCCGUUUAA